GCGUGAGCCCACUUUUGACGUUUGUUGUUUUGUUGUUGUCUGAUCAUCAGUUGCGCACCGAACCGCGAAGAAACGUGAACUGCAGAAACCGUUGCUCGAGAUUUAAUCAAUAGUGUUCCAAUUUUUCAAUAUCCAACGAGAAUGCUUGACAAAGACGACGACCAGCAGCUGGAUGCUGUGUCGAUUUUUAGUGGAUCCAGUGGCGGCCAAUCGGAUCUGCACCUGCACCGGAAACCACGACAGUAUGACUUCAGUUUUUCCCUCCCGUCACCCCAGCAGCAGCAGCAGCAACCGAUGGACGUGGACACAUCCGGUGGUGGCCCGAUUCAGCUGUCACUAGCAACGCCUCGCCCCGGCGAAAAGAAACAAAAACUAAACAGUGGACGAGCUAGGGUCAAAAUGCGAAAGCUGGCCAGCGGCGAGACGGAUUCCAGUGAAGCUGGUGACCGGGGAUGCUCGGGUGGGAAGACGCUGCGAUUGCGAACGGUGGUCUGCUGCUCGGUGGUGCUACUGGUGGCGGUGCUCGUGGUGCUGAUUGGUAAACAGGACCUGAGGGAGGAGUUCUGGAAGCGGUACAAGGAACAAUACCACGAGCUGUUGUAUGGCGUGGAAGAUUACUGCAAUCAGGAGUUUGACUUUUCUGCGACCGCUGGUGCACUUUCCAGUGGGGUGAUAGGUCAACUGGAGGCGACUGCAAAAUCGGAGGAAAUAGUCAAUCGGCGACGGAAUGAACGUUGCACAUCAAUCGCCCUGCUGGGAUCCACCGGAGUUGGCAAAAGCCUCAUGGCCGACAUAAUCGCAAAGACCUUCCAGUGGCAAUCGAACGUCCACCACUUCUUUUGGGACUACACGUUCACACCGGCGAAGCGAUUCGAGCGGUUUCAAUCUUUCCUGUACGGGAUCCGGCAUGGUCGCGAUGUGGAACUACGAUGCGGACGGAGUUUGAUCAUCGUGGACCAUCUCGGGAGUGGCGACGUGGACACGAUCAACAAAAUAGACGCUCGGCUGCGGUUCGUGGCGGACAAGGAUGACGUACAGUUGAUGGUGCUGUACGUAUUUCAGGGAGCGUUGACCAGGGACAACCCGGAAGCGGUUCAGCAUCUGAGCAGAUUUAUUGAACGAGUUCAGCUCCGUUCGCUGAAAGAGGAUGAUUUGAGAGCAUGUAUCAGGCUGGAAGCAGCCGAGUUUGGGGUGGACCUGGACCAGCAUCCUGGUCUGCUGGAGGAAUUGACUUCUAGCGUGGAUUGGGAACGUUAUGGAUGUAAACCUGUUCGAGCAAAGCUAGCGUUUCAUUCUCAGUUUUCGAAGAAUGAUUCCUGAUUGUGAGUUCCACUUUUGAGGGUUUGACUAAGACAUUGUACAUGUGCUGUGAUUUUCUUUUUUGUUAAAAUGUAAAUUCUAGAGCUCGAUUUGAAUAGGUCGUAUGUGCUUUCGUCGAUAUAAAAAUCGAUCAGUUUAUUUUAGUUACUGUAGCAAUAUCAAUUAUUUUUCGAGGACUUUUAGUGAUUGAACGGAAAGCCUGUUUUGUAAGGAAUCGGCUGUAUGUAUAAGUUUUGUUUAAUUGCAACAGCUUUCGCUUCAAUAAGCGAAUCCAACUGAUCGAAUUUUAUAUCGACGAAAGCACAUACGACCUAUUCUAAUCGAGCUCCAGAAUUGUGUUCGGUAAAAAACACUACUUGAUUGUAAAUAAAUAUAUUUGUGAAAUACA